AUGGUUGCAUUGAAUUUGAUUGAGGAUAUGUUCAACAUGCAGGGCACAUGUAAGGUGUUCGUGCGUGCGGCGAGUUCAAAUGCUGUAUACAAGCAUGCGAUGAUGUCGUAUAAACCGUUAGUGCACUUUUUAGUUUACCUCGAUCGGCCUGAAAGGAGAUUCCUUGAUCACUGCGUGGAUGUAGGAAAUGUGGAUUCUAUACUCCGGCAAGGAUUCAUAGAGUAUUUCUGGUUAGGCCAUCGUGACAAAGGGAUGGAACUGCUUGCUAGGGUCUUAAUGGAGGGCAGCGUCGAAGCAGGUUACUUGUGUGCCACAUUGCUACUGUGUGAUCAUGAAGAUGAAGAAGAAGUACAACGGGGUGUUCAAAAUGGAGGUUAUCCAUAUUUCUGGGCAGCUCGAGAGCUGCAGUAA